GAAAGAUAAUGACAAUGACGUCACACAUCCAAUGACCACAACAAACAUGGAGGAAUAUGCGCGUGAACCUUGCCCCUGGAGGAUAGUGGAUGACUGUGGAGGUGCUUUCACCAUGGGUGCAAUUGGAGGAGGAGUGUUCCAGGCUGUCAAGGGCUUCCGAAAUGCCCCAGCUGUAAGUGCAUCUCCCAAAACUUUCUCCUUUGACUCUGUAUUUGUUUAUGUCAAGUAUAGCAAUACUUUAAUAUUUCAGGGAGCUGCACAUCGGCUGAAGGGUAGUGCAAACGCAGUGAGGAUUAGAGCGCCGCAGAUUGGAGGAAGCUUCGCAGUAUGGGGAGGUCUCUUCUCCACAAUUGACUGUGGUUUAGUUCGUCUCCGAGGAAAAGAGGAUCCCUGGAACUCUAUAAGUAGUGGUGCUAUGACAGGAGCCAUACUGGCUGCACGCAGUGGGCCAUUGACCAUGUUGGGCUCUGCCAUGAUGGGGGGAGUUUUGCUAGCCCUAAUUGAAGGUUUUGGGAUCCUCCUAACAAGAUACACAGCACAACAGUUUCAGAACCCUAAUCCUUUUGCAGAAGAUCCCAGUCAAUUACCUCCAAAGCAGGACGGUCAUCAGUCGGCACCCAAGGGUCAGUUUCAAUAGAGCAACAGAGGAUAGCUGUUGACAUGACGACUUAAGUCCAGCAGGGAAGCACUUAGACUUAGCAGCAGGUACCGACAAUGAUGAGAUGGAGAAAAUUAUAUUUUACUUUGGUGUCAAAUCGUCACACUAUGUAUAAACUUUAGGUUAAAAAAACUUACUGUGAAUUGUAUAAACCAAAUAUCAAAUAUUUUUCCGUGACUGGAUUGGUUUUAUAUAAAUUAUCAGCGUUGACACAUACAUAAACUGUAUAUCCAUUCAGUUACAAAUUAUAAGAAAUGUUCUUAUCCGCUUUUCUGAUGGGUUUCAGAGGAACUGUUUCUCCCUCGAUGUCAAAAGUUGCUAGUUAUCUUGCUGCUGAUACAUUUUAUUAUGUUAUCAAAUGUUUACCAUUUUAAAGCGAUAGUAUUAACAUUAUGAAGAAGAAAAAACAUGGACCCAGAUUUCCCUCGCCCGGACGCGGGUUACCAGGGCCUCCCUCUGGAGCCAGGCCAAGAGGUGGGGCACGAUGGCGAGCGCCUGGUGGCCGGGCCUGUUCCCAUGGGGCCCGGCCCGAAGAGGCAACGUGGGUCACCCCUCCAAUGGGCUCACCACCCAUAGCAGGGGCCAUAGAGGUCGGGUGCAAUGUGAGCUGGGCGGCAGCCGAAGGCAGGGCACUUGGCGGUCCGAUCCUCGGCUACAGAAGCUAGCUCUUGGGACGUGGAAUGUCACCUCACUGGGGGGGAAAGAGCCUGAGCUAGUGCGCCAAGUUGAGAAGUUCCGGCUGGAUAUAGUCGGACUCACUUCGACGCACAGCAAGGGCUUUGGAACCACUUCUCUCGAGAGGGACUGGACCCUCUUCCACUCUGGCGUUGCUGGCAGUGAGAGGCGACGGGCUGGGGUGGCAAUUCUUGUAGCCCCCGGCUCAAAGCCUGCACGUUGGAGUUCAACCUGGUAAACGAAAAGGUAGCCUCCCUCCGCCUUCGGGUGGGGGGACGGGUCCUGACUGUUGUUUGUGCUUAUGCACCAAACAGCAGUUUAGAGUACCCACCCUUUUUGGGAGCACUCGAGGGAGUACUGGAAAGUGCUCCCCCGGGUGAUUCCCUUGUCCUACUGGGGGACUUCAACGCUCACGUUGGCAACGACAGUGAAACCUGAAGAGGCGUGAUUGGGAAGAAUGGCCGCCCGGAUCUGAACCCGAGUGGUGUUUUGUUAUUGGACUUUUGUGCUCGUCACAGUUUGUCCAUAACAAAUACCAUGUUCAGACAUAAGGGUGUCCAUAUGUGCACUUUGCACCAGGACACCCUAGGCCGCAGUUCCAUGAUCGACUUUGUAGUUGUGUCAUCGGACUUGCGGCCUUAUGUUUUGGACACUCGGGUGAAGAGAGGGGCGAAGCUUUCUACCGAUCACCACCUGGUGGUGAGUUGGCUGCGAUGGUGGGGGAGGAUGCCGGACAGACCUGGGAGACCCAAACGCAUUGUGAGGGUCUGCUGGGAACGUCUGGCAGAGUCUCCUGUCAGAGAAAGUUUCAAUUCCCACCUCCGGAAGAACUUUGAACAUGUCACAAGGGAGGUGCUGGACAUUGAGUCCGAGUGGACCAUGUUCCGCACCUCUAUUGUCGAGGCGGCUGAUCGGAGCUGUGGCCGCAAGGUAGUUGGUGCUUGUCGGGGCGGCAAUCCUAAAACCCCUUGGUGGACACCAGCGGUGAGGGAUGCCGUCAAGCUGAAGAAGGAGUCCUAUCGGGUCCUUUUGGCUCAUAGGACUCCGGAGGCAGUGGACAGGUACCGACGGGCCAAGCGGUGUGCAGCUUCAGCGGUCGCUGAGGCAAAAACUCGGACAUGGGAGGAGUUCGGGGAAGCCAUGGAAAACGACUUCCGGACGGCUUCGAAGCGAUUCUGGACCACCGUCCGCCGCCUCAGGAAGGGGAAGCAGUGCACUAUCAACACCGUGUAUGGUGCGGAUGGUGUUCUGCUGACCUCAACUGCGGAUGUUGUGGAUAGGUGGAAGGAAUACUUCGAAGACCUCCUCAAUCCCACCAACACGUCUUCCUAUGAGGAAGCAGUGCCUGGGGAAUCUGUGGUGGACUAUCCUAUUUCUGGGGCUGAGGUCGCUGAGGUAGUUAAAAAGCUCCUCGGUGGCAAGGCCCCAGGGGUGGAUGAGGCCCGCCCGGAGUUCCUUAAGGCUCUGGAUGCUGUGGGGCUCUCUUGGUUGACAAGACUCUGCAGCAUCGCGUGGACAUCGGGGGCGGUACCUCUGGAUUGGCAGACCGGGGUGGUGGUUCCUCUCUUUAAGAAGGGGGACCGGAGGGUGUGUUCCAACUAUCGUGGGAUCACACUCCUCAGCCUUCCCGGUAAGGUUUAUUCAGGUGUACUGGAGUCGAACCUCAGAUUCAGGAGGAACAGUGUGGUUUUCGUCCUGGUCGUGGAACUGUGGACCAGCUCUAUACUCUCGGCAGGGUUCUUGAGGGUGCAUGGGAGUUUGCCCAACCAGUCUACGUGUGCUUUGUGGACUUGGAGAAGGCAUUCGACCGUGUCCCUCGGGAAGUCCUGUGGGGAGUGCUCAGAGAGUAUGGGGUAUCGGACUGUCUUAUUGUGGCGGUCCGCUCCCUGUACGAUCAGUGCCAGAGCUUGUUCCGCAUUGCAGUAAGUCGAACACGUUUCCAGUGAGGGUUGGAGUCUGCCAAGGCUGUCCUUUGUCACCGAUUCUGUUCAUAACUUUUAUGGACAGAAUUUGUAGGCGCAGUCAGGGCGUUGAGGGGUUCCGGUUUGGUGACCGCAGGAUUAGGUCUCUGCUUUUUGCAGAUGAUGUGGUCCUGAUGGCUUCAUCUGACCGGGAUCUUCAGCUCUCACUGGAUCGGUUCGCAGCCGAGUGUGAAGCGACCGGAAUGAGAAUCAGCACCUCCAAGUCCGAGUCCAUGGUUCUCGCCCGGAAAAGGGUGGAAUGCCAUCUCCGGGUUGGGGAGGAGACCCUGCCCCAAGUGGAGGAGUUCAAGUACCUAGGAGUCUUGUUCACGAGUGGGGGAAGAGUGGAUCGUGAGAUCAACAAGCGGAUCAGUGCGGCGUCUUCAGUAAUGCGGACGUUGUACCGAUCCGUUGUGGUGAAGAAGGAGCUGAGCCGGAAGGCAAAGCUCUCAAUUUACCGGUCGAUCUACGUUCCCAUCCUCACCUAUGGUCAUGAGCUUUGGGUCAUGACCGAAAGGAUAAGAUCACGGGUACAAGCGGCCGAAAUGAGUUUCCUCCGCUGUGUGGCGGGGCUCUCCCUUAGAGAUAGGGUGAGAAGCUCUGCCAUCCGGGAGGAACUCAAAGUAAAGCCGCUGCUCCUUCACAUCGAGAGGAGCCAGAUGCGGUGGUUUGGGCAUCUGGUCAGGAUGCCACCCGAACGCCUCCCUAGUGAGGUGUUUAGGGCACGUCCAACCGGUAGGAGGCCACGGGGAAGACCCAGGACACGUUGGGAAGACUAUGUCUCCCGGCUGGCCUGGGAACGCCUCGGGAUCCCCCGAGAAGAGCUAGACGAAGUGGCUGGGGAGAGGGAAGUCUGGGUUUCCCUGCUUAGGCUGUUGCCCCCGCGACCCGACCUCGGAUAAGCGGAAGAAGAUGGAUGGAUGGAUGGAGUAUUAACUUAUAAAAUUUGCAUUGCUUUCUACAACAGAGGAGUAAAUAUUGCAAAUUUGACCUGUUUGUGUAUGUAUCACUGUAAUUACUUUAAUUGAAGCAAUAGCCAUCAGACACAAAAGCACUUUAAGAAAAUGUUUUCUCCUAAAGGUGUUUUAGCAACAUGGGCAUAUGUUUGAUGUAUUGAAUGAUGUUUAUUACAUUGUUGUAUAUAUUUAUAGAAGUGGCUGCAAUAAAUAAAGAAAUAAAAAGUUAUUUUUAAAAA